CAAGGAAGGUGAGGCGGUGACUGUCACUCAAACGUCUGAAUAAGUGUGCUAAAGCUGCAGUGAGGACCUGACACGGCUCGCUGAAGGAAGAACGAAAAGACAGAAGAAAGACUGAAAGAAUAGAUGGUGCCAAAAAAAAGUGCGUCAAAAGAAAGAAAGUGUAUUGUUAGACAAAGUGAGAAGACGAGUGAGUUUGUGAAAGUGGGACAAACGUCUGAGACAAGUGGAGGAGUGAGGAUGAUGCGAGCUCAGAUUGAGGUCAUCCCAUGUAAGAUCUGUGGUGAUAAGUCCUCUGGAGUGCAUUAUGGAGUCAUCACUUGUGAGGGCUGCAAGGGAUUCUUCCGGCGUAGCCAGCUGCCUACUGUAUCCUACUCCUGCUCCAGGCAGAACAACUGUCAGAUCGACCGGGCCAGCCGCAACCGCUGCCAACACUGCCGUCUCCAGAAGUGCUUAGCAAAGGGCAUGAGCAGAGAUGCAGUGAAGUUUGGACGGAUGUCCAAACGUCAGCGUGACUCUCUGAUUGCUGAAGUGGAGAAGCAUCGACAGCAGCAGCAGCAGCAGCAGCAGCUUCAGGGAGAGGCCCAGUCUCUCUUGGCCUUCCCCACCAAGGCCCGUCAAGACCGCUCCCAACAGCUCCUCCAGCCCAUGGCAUCAGCUUACUCUUUCACCGGGGAGGCCGAGCUGCUGUCCUACACCGCCGAUGUUCUUCCUUACCUGGUGUGCUCCCCGAACGAGUCGCAGGUGUCGGGUAUGAUCUACCGAGGCUCCAGUGUGUCUCCCGCAUCGAGACCCCAGGGGAGGGGGGACAACAGCGGGUACCUUGACAUAAGAGGGUUCGACUCCAGACAGCCAUCUCAUGAUCUUGAGGGGAUUCAUUCCUACAACCCUCUGGAGGAUCCUUACAGCCUCUAUCCUCACUCGCUGAGGAAUAUAGAUGAGCUGUGUGCCAGCAUUGUGCGUUCCCACAAAGAGACCAGCCAGUGCAGAGUGGAGGAGCUGCAGGCUCUCAGAUGGAAACUGCUCACCAGAGAGGAGAUCCAAGCCUACCAGAGCAAACCGGUGGAUGAUAUGUGGCAGCACUGCGCUAUCCGACUGACUGAUGCCGUUCAGUAUGUGGUCGAGUUCGCAAAACACAUCCCAGGUUUCCGUUUGCUCAGCCAGAACGACCAGAUUGCUCUCCUGAAGACUGGCUCCAUGGAGGUGGUUCUGAUCAGGAUGAGUCGCUUCUUCAACACAGAGAACAACACCGUCUUCUUCGAUGGGAAAUUUGCUGGGGCUGAAAUCUUCAAGUCUUUGGCAUGUGGAGAUUUAAUCACAGCAGUGUUUGACUUUGCUCACGGUAUGUGUGAUCUAAAGCUUACGGAGCAGCAGAUUGCUCUCUUCAGUGCUCUCGUGCUCAUCAACACAGAUCGUCCUUGUCUGGAAGACAGAGGCAGAGUUCAGCGGGUGCAAAGAAGCGUGGAGUUCGGACUCACACACAUUCUACACCGAGACAACCAAGAAAGUCUAAUGCACAAGCUGUACCAGAGGAUGUCAGUGUUGCGUUCACUGUGCAGUCUGCACAUGGAGAAGCUCCACUGGUUCAGUCAGCGCUACCCGCUCACUGCUCACUCUCUGUUCCCUCCUCUCUACAAGGAGCUGUUUGUCUCUGAAGCAGAGUUGCUCCCCGGGACCACUCAAUCAUGAAUAACCAGUAUACACACAUAUUGUUUUCAGUUUCUUCAUUAUUUCUUGACAGAAUCUAUUUUUCUAAAAUAUAAAAUAAGUGAGUAAAGAGCUUUUUGAUAGAUUGUGUCAAACAUAAAUCUCAAUAUUUUUGAUAGCUUAAACCUAUUUUCAUUAUUCAAGGGAAAUAUUGCGUUGUUCCUUGACAGUGCGGUACAGCAGGAUACGUGGUUAUUGUGAGUCACAGUAAAUGUGUGUCACAGUGCAUUUGGACACAGGGUACAAAUAGUUGUCAACUGAAACUUAAAAUGAUAGUCCACCCAAAAAUCUGUCUAUGGAGUUUAAAACACGGACCUCCUGUAGAGCAAUAUAGGACAAUAAGGUAUUAAAAGCAAUUUAGAUAGAAACAAAGAAUAAUCUAGUAAUAACAAAUGUGCAGGCAUAGCCAAAAAAAGAGUUAUUACCACAUGUCUCCCCUUGAGAAGUUAACAUCACAUUCCAGCAGCAAAAUAACAACAUUAAGCAAUCAAAAUAAUUAACAUAUGUGCACACCCAAUUCAACAGCACUGUUAAUAUAAUUAGCACGACACAACUGUCUAUUUGUGUUCUCAAUAUGUCCCAAAAAUAUCCAGAGGUACUCUCAGUCUUUCAGGAGCCUUUCAAAAUAGGCUGCGCCAACAUAUUGUAUACAUAUUUGAAAGGUAAAGUGUAACUUCACCCCCAGGUCUGUCUGAGCCUGACACCCACUGCAUCAUUUAGAAAAAUGCUGAAAAGUGGACAAGGUUGAUGUGAGUUGCUUAGUGACAUUUCCUUGUUAACAGCGUUGGCUUCACAAGGUUCAGGGCUGAACUCAAACAGUAGAUGACGUUAUGAGCCAUGUUCAGCCCAUGAAAUGCAGAUUUUUACUAAAUUGGUAAGAAAAUGUAAAUAUUUAAACCAGCAUUGAUUUGCUUCAUGCACAGUACAGUCACAUUAUUUAGUUUACAGCUCAAAAACGCAUUUAAGUGUGCAUCUCUUUAAUAUAUUGCAUAAAAAGUAUUCCCUACAAAACAUGUGUGUAUCAAUUCAGCAAUAAACAACCUGCCUCUUUGUAUCGGUAUGUCUGUAGAGAAAUGACUCCUCAGGUUGAUCUUGUCGGAUUGACUAAGAAGUCCUACAAAGCAGCAGUACCUCUUAAGUGUUAUUCUCUGUGUUUGAAUAUGGCUUUUUAUAUCUUUUGAGCUUUGGAAAUAUGAUGCAUUAAAUGUAGGAAUUUAAUAAGAAAUGUGAGGGAUACAGUAGAAGUCUCUUCCUGUGUGUGCAAACUUUUCCUUUUUUUCCAGAUUAACUUGCAUAUGUUUUUCUUUCUUAACAUAUCUUUUCUUUCUUAACAUAUCUGUAUGUCCGGAUGUAGUCCUCUCUGUUGAUGGAAUGGCUGAGAUUAUAAUGAAGAUAAUUCCAUGUAAAUAUGCUAAUAAACUGCUGAGGCUGUAAUACCAA